AUGGCUCCAAAAGACAAUAGAGGUAAACAUGGCCAUCACAAAAAAACAGAUCCAGAAAUUUUGCAAUCUGUUAAAAACCAUAUUAAUUCAAUCCCACGGAUUGAAUCCCAUUAUUUGAGAGCUCACACUUCUAGAGAAUUUAUAGAUGGUGGUCUAACAAUUGCUGAAAUGCAUCGUAAUUACAAGACACAACGUUCUUCAAUACAGAAAGAGGCAGCAACUUACGAUGUCUACGCAAAAAUUUUUAAUACUGAAUUUAAUGUUUCCUUUUUUAUACCGAAGAAGGAUCAAUGUGACCUCUGCGAAUCUUUUAAGAAUGCUGUGGGAGAAGAUAAGGAUAAGUUACUUCCAGAAUAUAAUUUACACCAAAAAGAAAAACAACUAAGUCGUAGUGAAAAAUCCAAAGAUAUAGAGAUCUGUAAUGAACCCAACAGUAAUAACUUAGUUGCUAUUUAUGAUUUGCAGGCAGUAAUGCCGGUACCAACAGGUGAAUCAUCGGCCUUCUUCUACAGAUCAAAAUUAAACUGCUUAAAUUUUACUGUGUCCGAUUUAAAAAAUAAAAACACAAUUUGUUACUUUUGGCAUGAGGGACUGGGCAAUCGAGGUGCAGUAGAAAUAGGCUCUUGCAUUUUUAAGUUUUUAGAAAAAGUUGCUCUGGACACUCCGCAUAUUGAUGUUGUGUUUUACUCAGAUAACUGCUGCGGCCAGCAGAAAAAUAGAUACAUAUUUAGUAUGUACGCAUAUGCAGUAAGAACAUUGCCAAUUCAUUCAAUUACGCAUAAGUUUUUAAUAAGAGGCCACACCCAAAACAAAGGGGACAACGCACACUCUAUUAUUGAAAAGGCGAUUAAAAGUGCAAAAAAAUCAGGCCCUAUAUACGUUCCUGAUCAAUACGUCCAAUUAAUAAGGAAUGCAAAGAAAAAGGGUAAACCUUAUGUUGUCCAUGAACUAAACUUUACAGAUUUUAUUGACUGGAAGGAUUUGGCCGAUCAAUUAGCGGUAAAUUUUUACAAGAACCUCAAUGGAGAUAAUGUCAGAUUAUCAGACAUUAGAGUAAUUAAAUUUGUUAAGGGGUCUGAUGUAUAUUCAUACAAGACAUCAUACGAGGAUACAGCAGAAUGGAUUCAAUGUAUUAUUCAUACGGGACCUAAAAGACGUAAUAGGAAAAAUCAGACUGCUGAAAUUCUCGUAAAAAAAGCCUAUAAUGCUAAACUUUGCAUUUCAGAACGUAAAAAAGAAGAUUUGCUGCAUCUAAUAAAUUCCAAUAUCAUUCCAAAAUACUACGAGCCUUUUUAUAAUUCUCUUUUUUAG